GACUCGGUCCUCACUUGUUCAAAAUUGCUGCCUUCCAUAAGGAGUUCAAAUUAAUCAAUGUGUCUAUUCAGGAUCAGUAAAAUAGAAACCCACAAAUCCAACAGGAGGACAGACAAACACACCAACAACCAUAAUUAAUCCGGACUAAACUAGUAACUCAGACACUCAAAAUACACUCAUUCAGUUAAAGAAGGGAGGGAGAAGGAGUAAACAUUGCAGUUGUGUAAUUUGCCUCUUGCCAAUCAGAGCAACUCUUACCUAGUCCCCUCCCCUCCUUCGGACAGAUUUAUAGUGGCCCUCUGCCCCACUUUAAUGUCGCUUCAGUCACUCAAAGUCUGAGCAGUCAGGGGUCUACACAGCUGCAGGAUAAUGGCACCAGCAAAGAAGGGAAUCUUGGAGCGUCUUGACGCUGGAGAGAUUGUGAUCGGUGAUGGAGGCUUUGUGUUUGCCCUGGAGAAGAGAGGAUAUGUGAAGGCCGGUCCCUGGACCCCUGAGGCCGCCGCAGAGCACCCUGAAGCAGUGCGCCAGCUGCACAGGGAGUUCCUGAGGGCCGGGGCCAAUGUUAUGCAGACCUUCACCUUCUACGCCAGUGACGACAAACUGGAGAACAGAGGCAACAAGCUCACCUUCACUGGAGCUCAGAUCAACGAGGCCGCCUGUGAUUUGGCCCGUGAGGUUGCCAAUGAGGGUGAUGCUCUGGUUGCCGGAGGAGUGUGCCAGACUCCAUCCUACCUGAGCUGCAAGAGUGAGGCAGACGUGAAGGCCAUCUUCAAGAAACAGCUGGAUGUGUUCAUCAAGAAAGACGUGGACUUCCUGAUUGCUGAGUACUUUGAGCAUGUUGAAGAGGCCGUGUGGGCGGUGGAGGUGCUGAAGGAGACAGGAAAGCCUGUGGCUGCUUGUCUGUGCAUUGGACCUGACGGAGACAUGCACGGACUCUCACCUGCAGAGUGCGCUGUCAAGCUGGUGAAGGCCGGUGCCCAGAUUGUGGGAAUCAACUGCCACUUUGACCCCAUGACCUGUGUGAAGGCUGUCAAGAUGAUGAAGGAGGGAGUGGAGAAGGCUGGGCUUAAGGCUCACUACAUGGUGCAGCCACUGGCAUACCACACCCCCGACUGCAGCUGCCAGGGAUUCAUCGAUCUGCCAGAAUUCCCCUUCGGUCUGGAGCCCAGGAUCCUGACUCGCUGGGACAUGCACAAAUACGCCAGAGAGGCCUACAAUGCCGGCAUCCACUUCAUUGGUGGCUGCUGUGGAUUUGAGCCCUACCACAUCAGGGCUGUGGCAGAGGAGCUGGCACCUGAGAGAGGCCAUCUCCCAGCUGCAUCAGAGAAACAUGGCAACUGGGGUGCUGGUCUGGAGAUGCAUACCAAACCCUGGGUCAGAGCCAGAGCCCGCCGUAACUACUGGGAGAACCUGAAGCCAGCCUCUGGUCGUCCACAGUGUCCCUCCUUGUCCAUCCCAGACGGCUGGGGUGUCACUAAGGGCCACACUGAUCUUAUGCAGCAGAAAGAGGCCACCUCUGAGGACCAACUCAAAAAGCUGUUCGACAGGUCAAAGAGCCAGUGAGUCCAUCUGUCUCCUUCAGACCUGACAGCUGUUCCGUGCAGCUACUGACGCUGCACAGUUGUGUGCACCAUCAGUACAAAGUGCUGCACCUGUAACAAACACAAUGUCAGCAUCUGUCACCCUGUUGACCUCAGGGGCCAGAUCCUCACUUGAGGCUGGCACUGUUUCUGUGCAUCUGUUGAUAGUGAAAUUGUAGUUUAUGUAAAGCUGCAGUGGUAUCUCAUGUUAGGACUCGGCCCACAUAGGAUUGGGACCCUCUUGUUUUUCAUGACUCUGGACCAGUUUGUUAAAUAAAAUAAGCCUUAAAAAAAUG